AGCUGUUGGCCAUGAGUUCAUGGAAGACUUUUUCGGUAGCUGUGAAUCCGCACUAGCAGAAAAUGGCCUUCUUGUUCUCCAGUUCAUAUCAAUCCCGGAUGAAAGAUAUGACGAGUACAGACGAAGUUCAGAUUUCAUUAAGGAGUACAUUUUUCCCGGUGGAUGUCUACCUUCGUUAAGUAGAGUAACAUCUGCCAUGGCUGCUGCAUCCAGGCUCUGUGUGGAACACAUUGAAAACAUUGGAAUUCAUUACCACCAAACUCUCAGGUGUUGGAGGAAGAAUUUCUUGGAGAAGCAAAGUGAGAUUCUUGCUCUUGGAUUCAAUGAAAAAUUCAUUAGGACAUGGGAGUAUUAUUUUGAUUAUUGCGCGGCAGGUUUCAAGUCCCAUACGCUCGGAAAUUACCAGAUUGUGUUUUCACGUCCAGGCAAUGUCGCAGCAUUUCGCAAUCCAUACAAGAGCUUUCCUUCUGCUUGUUGACAAAUAGAUUUUAUUUUGUUCAAUUUUCCACCUUUCAUUCUCCAUGAUGAUCUUUCAUUCUUUGUACGAGGAACCGAACAUUGUUUGGUGUAAAUCAGUCGUAUGAAUCCUUUGAAACGUUAAGCCUUUAACAUUACUCUUUUUUUUUUUCUUUUUUUUUUGGGAAAAAGAAAAACAGAAAGAAAAAUUGUGUAGAUUGGGGAGAAUGGAAUCAACUUUUGAAACCAGAUAAA